AUGAACCCUGUGAUCUUGUUAAGGAGAAGAGGUGCGUCUGCUUUGUUGCGACCAGAAACAAUUUUUGUUCAGAAUUGCGGUUUUGAUUUCGUUGAACUUUCUGGAGGUACAAUGGAGAAAGUAGCGUUUCAUCACCGUCGUGAGUCGACUAAAAAGCGUGAGGCAUUCUUCCUUGAAUUCGCAGAAAAUAUUCGACCAGUUUUUAAAGAUACGGUAAUCUACGUUACUGGUGGAUUUCGGACAGCCACAGGAAUGGUGAAUGCCGUCAAAAGCGGUGACACUGAUGGUAUAGGGCUGGGAAGACCUAUUACCGCCGAGCCAGACCUUCCAAAAAAAAUCCUCAAUGGAGAAUGUUAUUCUGCCGCAGAUACCAAAGUUGAUCAAGACGAUUUCAAGAUGACAUUUUACGUUAGCUCUGCACAAAUGGGCCAGAUGUCAAAGUUACCUACCCGAGUUUUGGAUGAGUGA